AAUUAAAGAUAAAAAUUUUGCAUUUACACAUGGUUUAUUUUUUUGGAAACUAAAAUUUUGGCGAAACAUUUAGUGAACACUAGUUAAUGAUAUUAUUGAGUGAAAAAUGUGAUGUAAUUUAAUGUUUACACUUUAAUUUAUACGCAAACAUGGUGCAAUUGAACUAUUUGGUUAUUCAAAUAAAAAAAAAUUGAACAUGUGCACGCAAGGAAUUUUAUCUUCAUUAUUUCCAAAAGAUGUGGAACAAGGGGUCCCAGAGGAGAAGGAGAGCCAGGAACCACUCCUCGGGACCAUCUACGAGAGCGGGCGACCCCCCCGGAAACCUCCUACCAACUUGCCCCAUUUCGACACGUGGACCUUCAACCGCCACCAUCCAUCAAACCCCAACAUGGACUCCACUCCAUCAUCAGCGCCAUCGACCGUCAACAACACACCGCUGACGGAGAGCGCGGACAACUUGCCCAAGAAAUGGAGACGAAGUGAUAGGAGAUUGAGGAGGCUGAACACUGAGCUGCUUGAGGCUAUUGAGACUCAUGAUGUUGAGGAGGUUGAAAGACUUCUCAAAGCAGGCGCGAACCCAAACGCCACCUGCCGCCUUGACCUGGUGUCAGCGUGCCACAUAGCUGCCCUGAACGUGAACGAAACACUAGCCUUGCUCCUCAAGUUUGGCGCCGAGAAAUAUAGACAGGACACCCUGGGCAGGACGCCAUUGCACUUGGCAGCUUGGGCUGGGAAUGCUAAGCAGAUGGCGAUCCUUCUGGAUUUCCCUGAAGAUGUCCACGACAGAGUCCUGAACGAUGGACUAUCGUCAGACGUGGAGGAAGACGUAAGGAAGCUAUGCGAGAAGACCAGAACCCUCGCCAACGUAAGGUGCGAUCUGGGAGAGGUUAAGGCUGUACUGCCCAGCACUUGGAAGGACAACAUCGAUCAUAACUGCAAGGAUAUUAAAGGAUGUCUGCCUCUACUCCAAGCUGGUUGGACGCCCCUCCACGUGGCGUCGUCGUGCGCAAGAUUGCACUGCACCCGUCUGCUGCUGGCAGCUGGAGCCGAUCCCAACAUCUGCGAUGUGAAAGGAAGAACUGCCCUGGACGUGGUGGGCUCAGCUAUCUACUUCGAUCAAGAAGUCAAUUCUCAAUAUUUCACAGAAGUAAUACAAAUGCUGCUGGAGGCUGGCGCGCAGUUCAACACGAUGAAGGUCAAAGGGCUCAAUAAUGUGGACUCCCCCCUCCACACAGCCAUAGCCCUGGAGAACUUGGACGCUGUCAAUGAGCUGCUGAAUGCUGGUGCUUCUAAUGCCUGCUUAAACGCAGCUGGACAGACGCCGUUACAUGUCUGCAUUGUGAAGCAGUUCGAGGAGUGUCUUCAGGUUCUAGCAAACUAUGGGAACAACGACAUAGACCCGUUGUGCGCAUCAGUCGACGUGAAGGACCGUGACGGCCACACUGUGCUGCAGGCGGCGGUUGAGGCGGCGUGGGUGCCUGGUGUGUGCGUGGCUUUAGAGGCUGGGGCUGAUGUCACUUUGAAGGCAAAUGAUGGCGAAACACCAAUCCACUCAGCAGCCGCUCUCGGAAACCUAGAUGUACUCAAUGAAAUCCUCAGCAUUGCUAAACAGAAAGACGCUCUCAACUAUCAGAACGAAGAAGGAGAAACAGCAUUAUUCAAAGCUGUUAAACAUGGUCACAAAGACUGUGUUGAAGCUAUACUUAAUGAAGGAGCAUCUCUUAAAAUUACUCUACCAGGAGACGUUAAUGUUUUACAUGUAGCUGCCGAAGCUGGCUAUACAGAAAUUUUAAAGUUCUUAAUAGAAUACGAUGAAGAAAUAACAUACGAAAUGAUAAAUGCUUUAACAGCCGGUGAUAGAAGAGGAUUUGGUCCAAUACAUUUUGCUGUUUCAGAAGAUAAUAUUGAGUGUGUUAAAUUGUUACUUUCUAAAAGAGCCGACGUUAGGUUGAGGACGACGUGUAGUCCACAUAAGUCGUCAACACCUUUACACGUAGCAGCCGUGAAAAAUUUGGUCGAAAUUGCUAAAGUGAUUUUAAAUUUUGAUAAAACUACAAUUUACGAAGUUAAUAGUAUGGGUUGGUUUCCUUUGCAUACUGCUAGUCAUCAUGGAAGUAGGGAUAUAAUUACACUUUUGUUACGUGAAGGAGCAGACUUAUCCGGGUACACUGAUGGCCCUAAGAAGUUUAAAAGAACAGCAAUGGAUAUGAUUGUCAACAACUUGUCCAAACCUGCAGAAUUUAUGGAAGAUGUCUUCGAUUCAUACAUAUCGACAAAUAAUUUGAAUCUUCAAGAGCCUAAUUGUGAAAUCACAAUAGAUUAUAGAAUACUUAUGCCUAGUGUUUGUGAAAUGGAACAAAUGAAAGUAAUAGAGGCUCUGCUGAAGACAGGCAAUAGAUAUGGCCAGAAGAGAUUGUUAGUUCAUCCAUUAGUGGAAAGUUUCCUAUAUUUGAAGUGGAAGGCGUUGCUGCCAUUUUUCUACACGAUAAUAGCUGUCUAUGCAUUCUUCGUGAUGUCGUUGACUGUUUUUGUGGUGUCUGUGUUCUUUUAUAGGGACACGAGGGAUGUAGCACCAGUGUGGUUGAAUCCUAGUGUGUGGGGCUACGUCAUGUAUGGUUCGAUCUGCCUGAUUCUAAUACAGGAAAUGUUGUAUAUGAACGUGAAGUCUAGUAGAUACUUCCUCCAACUGGAAACCUGGGUGAAGUUCGGAUCCCUAGGUCUGGCAAUGAUCUUGCCGCUGGCCAUCUUCAUAGUGACAGCGUGGUCUGACGACGAAUGGCCGAGGCAUGUGGCAACCCUGGCGCUGUUGUUGUCCUGGCUGGAGAUGAUGUUUCUGCUGUCCAGGUUUCCCAAUUGGGGAUACUAUGUACUGAUGUUUGGGAAGGUUGCCUCAAACGUCGUCAAGAUCCUGCUGACAUUUGCUUUCCUGGUGAUCGGAUUCUCUCUCAGUUUCAUGAUCCAAUUCCACUCUCAGAUGCCGUUUGAGAGCCCCUGGGCGGCCAUGGUGAAGACAGUCGUCAUGAUGACGUCAGAAUUCGACUAUGAAGCUCUUUUCGACGAAGAACAUUCUGCCAAUCUAGCCACAUCACUCGUCAUUGUCAGAGUGAUAUUUUUAAUCUUUCUAAUUCUCGCUGCUAUAGUUUUAAUGAAUUUAAUGGUUGGUGUUGCAGUUAAUGAUAUCAAUGAUUUGGAAGUUCUAGGAAAUAUCAGAAGACUAGCAAAGCAAGUGGAAUUCUUAAGUACUUUAGACACACUCGUCUACAACAGGGUCUUCAAGAAACUAUUGCCAACAAAAGUGAAUAACAGUAUAAAAACGAAAAGGAAUGUUAGGUGUGUAUUGACGCUGAAUCCUGGCAAACCAAAAUGGAGGCAUUACAAAAUUAUGCCGUCAAGAAUACGUGACGCGAUCUUCGAAAAGGCAAUGAGGCAGAAGAAACAGAAAGACGAUGAGAUGGGUAUACAAGAUUUUAAAUGUAAGAUUGAAGAGAUAUACAAUGCAAUUGUUAUGGAUACAGAAAAAAGAAAAGAGAUAGAAGAUAGAAUAAGAGAAGGACCAGCUUUGAAUAGAACGAGACAUGAAGAUAUAAUGAGACAUCUGAAUGAUAUAGAUGACGAAAUGACAGAGAUGAAAGAUAAGAUGACCACUUACGCAGAAAGCACAAAAUCGCCUAUAGAUGAAUUGAAUGUGAAAAUGGAUCAGAUGUCUUUGGAAAUAGAAGCGAUCAAGCAGUUUUUGAGUAGGUUAGAAACUAAAAUAGGAAGGUUAUAAAAUUUAUAAACGACAUUUGUAACGGUACCUAUAUUUUUGUACUUAGUAAAUUUACAAUGUUACA